AUGGAGGCGAUCUGGCUCUACCAGUUCCGGCUGAUCGUCAUCGGCGACUCCACGGUGGGAAAGUCGUGUCUGAUCCGGCGGUUCACGGAGGGCCGCUUCGCCCAGGUGUCGGACCCCACCGUGGGCGUGGACUUCUUCUCCCGGCUGGUGGAGAUCGAGCCGGGGAAGCGGAUCAAGCUGCAGAUCUGGGACACGGCCGGUCAGGAGCGUUUCAGGUCCAUCACCAGGGCUUACUACCGCAACUCUGUGGGCGGGCUCCUCCUGUUCGACAUCACCAACCGCCGCUCCUUCCAGAACGUGCACGACUGGCUGGAGGAGGCUCGUAGCCACGUCCAGCCCCACAGCAUCGUCUUCCUAUUGGUCGGCCACAAGUGCGACCUGGAGGCCCAGCGCCAGGUGAGCCGUCAGGAGGCAGAGAAGCUGGCCGGGGCUUACGGGAUGCGCUACAUCGAGACGUCGGCCCGUGACGCCAUCAACGUGGAGCACGCCUUCACCGAGCUGACCAGAGACAUCUUCGCCCUGGUGCGGACCGGCGACAUCACGAUCCAGGAGGGCUGGGAGGGCGUGAAGAGCGGCUUCGUCCCCAACGUGGUUCACUCCUCCGAGGAAGUGACCAAGAGCGACCGCCGCUGUCUCUGUUGA